UGACCCGGAGACGUCAGUGUGCGACAGGGCCGCCUGGCGGACAGACAUGGCUGCUUCCCCGGAGCCGAGGCUCGGCGGCGGGUUCCCCGGUUCUGCCCGGGCCGCGAGGUCCUGGUGGCGGCUGGCGGUGCUGCUGUUCUCCGUGUGGGCGCUGCCCGGGGCCUCGGGCCUGGUGGAGGGGCUCUACUGCGGAACCGAGGUCUGCUACGAUGUGCUCGGCGUGUCCCGGGAGGCCGCCAAGCUGGAGAUCGGCCGGGCGUACCGGCAGCUGGCCCGCCGGUACCACCCGGACCGGUUCAGGGUGGAGGAGCCGGGUCUGGAGGGGGAGACCCAGGAGUCCGCUCAGCGGAGGUUCCUGCUCAUCGUGACCGCCUACGAGACGCUAAAGGAUGAAGAGACCCGGCGGGACUACGACUACAUGCUGGACCACCCUGAGGAGUAUUACCAGCACUACUACACCUACUACCGUCGGCAGCUCACACCCAAAGUGGACGUCAGGAUCGUCAUCCUGGUCACCAUCUGUGCCAUCUCCAUAUUCCAGUUUUACAGCUGGCACAGCAGCUACAAGGAGGCCAUCAACUACCUGGUGACGGUCCCCAAGUACCGAAUCCAGGCCACGGAGAUCGCCAGGCAGCAGGGCCUCCUCAACCGCACCAAGGAGAAGGGCAAGAACCGGCGCUCCAAAGAGGAGAUCCGCGAGCAGGAGGAGGAGGUGAUCCGUGACAUCAUCAAAACCAAGAUCGACAUCAAGGGAGGCUACCAGAAGCCCAACCUGUCGGACAUCCUGCUGUGUCAGAUCGUGCUCUUCCCCUACUACCUGACCACCUACCUGACCUGGUACGUCUCCUGGGUUUACCGCUUCACCAUCUGCAGGGAGGAGUACGGCGAGGAGGAGAAACUCUACCUGAUCAGGAGAUACAUGAAGAUGUCUCAGUCUCAGUUCGACAGCCUGGAUGAAAGCCCCAGACAGACGUUCAUGGAGAAACGGCUCUGGAUCAAAGAAAACUACGAGUUGCACAGGAAGGAUCAGGAGGAGGAGAUGAAGGUGAAGAUGGCGACAGACCCGAGGAUGAAGAGGUAUCGCCGCUGGAUGAAGAACGAGGGGCCGGGCCGGCUGACGUUCAUUGACGACUGACGGCUGCCUGAUCUGUCUGUAACACACACACCUGCCUCAGUGCCGACGCACACGGACAUCACGCACCGCGCUGUGUGGGGAAACGCUUGUACAGAAACAUCAACUAUGCCUGUUUAUAUAGCGAGAGAUAUUUUCAUAGCGACCCGGCCUCGUAAAGCAGAAGUGGAAUAAACUGCAUCUGAGAAAUUUGAGGGUUUUUAUACACGA